AUGAUUCGAUCAACGCAAAUAUCCCGGCUGGACGGCCUGAUGCUCUGCGCCUCCGUCGACGAAGAACAAGCCGAAGGCUCCCUCAACGAGGUCAAGAACCAGGUCCGCCAGGUCCUCCGCAAGCUCACCCGCAACUCCGAGUCCCAGGCCUCGGUCGACUGCGCCGGCUCCUUCACCCUCCACUACCUCAUCGAGUCCGACAUCGUCUUCAUCACCAUCUGCGACCACUCCUACCCGCGCAAGCUCGCCUUCACCUACCUCUCCGACCUCAGCCGCGAGUUCACCACCGUCUACCCCCUCCAGCAGGUCCACUCCCCCAGCCUCAGGCCCUACGCCUUCAUGGAGUUCGACAACUUCAUCUCAAAGACAAAGGCCGUCUACGCCGACUCCCGCGCCAGCCAGAACCUCGACCAGCUCAACGACGAGCUGCGCGACGUCACCAAGAUCAUGACCAAGAACAUCGAGGACCUGCUGUACCGCGGGGACAGCCUCGAGCGCAUGGGCGAGAUCAGCAGCCGCCUCCGCGACGACAGCAAGAAGUACCGACGCGCGGCCGUGCGCAUCAACUGGGAGCUGAUGUUAAAGCAGUACGGGCCCUUUGCCGGGCUGGGGCUCAUCGUGCUCAUCUUCAUAUGGUGGAGGUUCUUCUAA